AUGGGCCUCUUCGGCUCCUCGGCCAAGGUCUACCGGCCGGCGCCGGAGGUCGACCUCGGCCCCGGCAGCGCCGAGCUCUACAUCAGCCCCAAUGUCAAAGCUCCGCGGGUCGCCGGCAUGCUGGUGAAGAUCUUCGUGUGGGUCCUGGAGAUGCCGGUGGUGGGCUGGGUCCUGCUCCACAUCCUCAAGAAAGACAAUCUCAUCAACAAGCUUGUCUCCGAAGCCGAGAUCCCUGAGCCGCCACUGUUCACCUCGACCCACCGCUGGGAAGACACCCCGGAGCAGAACGUCAGCCUGACCAAGCCCGGCCUGUCGCCCGCGGAGCGCGUCCGGGAGGCCGUCGACUGCCUCCCCGCGCGCCUCGAGUCGACGCUCGCCGCCGAUGCGCCGCCGUCGUCCAGCCUGAAACGCUGGACGAUCAUGGACUUCUCAAGGGCCUACAGCUCGGGAGAGACCACGCCUGUCCAGGUGGCCAAGAGGUUCCUGGCCGCAGUGAAGGAGUCCUCAGGCCCUACCAUGAACAUGGCCUUCUUCAUCAGCUGCAACCCUGAGGACGUCUUGAAGCAGGCCGAAGAAUCCACCCUCAGAUACCAGACAGGGACACCGCUGUCAGUGAUGGACGGCGUGCUGGUGGCGGUGAAAGACGAGAUCGACUGCCUGCCCUACCCCACCACAGGCGGGACGCGGUGGCUGGGGAAGGCGCGGCCGUGCGAGGCGGACGCGGCGUGCGUGGCGCAGCUGCGCGCGUGCGGCGCCGUCCUCGCCGGCAAGACCAACAUGCACGAGCUCGGCGCCGGCACCAGCGGCAUCAACCCGCACCACGGAUCGGCGAGGAACCCGUACAACGUCGGCAAGGUGGCCGGGGGCUCCUCCAGCGGCUCCGCCGCCGUGGUCUGCGCUGGCCUCUGCCCCGUCGCGCUCGGCGUCGACGGAGGAGGCUCUGUCCGGAUGCCGGCAGCUCUGUGCGGCGUGGUCGGCUUCAAGCCCACCGCCGGACGCCUCUCCAACGCCGGAGUUCUUCCACUGAAUUGGACGGUCGGGAUGGCGGGGAUCUUGGCAGGGACAGUGGAGGACGCCGUCGUAGCUUACUCGGCCAUUGUUGAUCAGUCCCAACCAUCUUACUUGAGGCCUGAGCUGAAUCUGCCUAUGCUGACGUCGACACCCUCGAUUAGCAACGUCAGGCUAGCAAAAUAUGGAAAGUGGUUUAACGACAGUUCCGAGGACAUCAGAACCUGCUGUGACGAAGCUCUUCAGACACUGCACGCACAAUACGGCUGGGAGACUCUGGAUGUGACGGUCCCUGAGAUUGAGGAAAUGCGGCUCGCGCACUACGUGACGAUCGGAUCAGAAUGCACUGCUUCGCUUGCAAAGUAUCUCGACAAACUGAAGAGGUCCGAGAUCGGGUGGGACGUGAGAGUCGCUCUGGCUGUCUACGGGUCAUUCAGCAGCAGAGCUUACCUGAACUCACAACGACUCCGGAACCGUCAGAUGUUCUUUCACAAAGAGAUCUUCAAGACAGCAGAUGUCAUCGUCUCGCCGAUGACUGGUGUGACUGCCUACACACUACAAGAUGACGCGCUAAGCAGUGGUGAACUCGACUACAUAAACGGAGCCGCGUUGAUUCGGUACUCGAUAGCAGGGAACUUCCUUGGUUUGCCGGCGAUAACAGUCAUGGUUGGGCAAGAUAAGGGCGGGCUGCCCAUAGGUCUUCAGUUCAUCGGCAGGCCGUGGUCCGAGGCGACUCUGCUCCACAUCGCAUUCGCAAUGCAGGAAGCCUGCAGCAAGAACCACAGGAAACCUGUGGUGUUCUAUGAUCUCCUCAAGAAAGACUGA